AUGACGUACGCUCCGCCAGCAUAUGGGAGGGUUUAUGGUCCUUUGGGCCUUGGAUCUGGAGCCGGUGAUCACGGCCCCCGACCCCAGUUGCAUGUGUUAGUCAAUGUUGCUUCUGUAUGGAAUGAUACUACCAGCGGCGUCUUCUUACAUGAGCUCUUCGACUAUUCUCCUAAGCAGACUUAUCUUGAGAUGUAUCUAUCAGCCAAGGCUGUGGCCAUUAUCUUGGUCACGCUGCAAUUCGGAGCAGUUCAUGGCCAGCAACCUAAGCCUAUGAUUCUCGCAGAUACCAACCGUGACGGUAUCGUGGAUGACAGCGACGCCACGGACAGAGCAUUCUGGAACCCUUCUUGCGGCGCCAUCUUCCUACCAAACGUCGGCGACUCUCUCAAACGCUGUCCUAAUCAGGAUCUUCAGGGCAACCCUCUCAGUAAUCACGAGCUAGCAUCUUGCCACAAUGCUUCUGGCCACCUACUCCUUGAGCCAAGCCUGGUUGCUCCCCUGAAGGCGAUCCCAUUGGAAGUUUCAGACGACGCUAUUGCCCACAUAUACGCCACGCCUGACGCCGCAUCUGAAAGGGUUCGUCUCUUUUACCUGAAUGAUUCGUCCGCCAACCCGGACGAGACUGCCUCUUGGAGCUUUGUGGAUCCUGAAUUUACCUUCAAUGCAAGCCAUGUCCAAGCCGGUAUCACUCUCGGGAUUGACGGGCGUGAGUUUGUGAAGGAUUUGACAAAAUGGGACGGCAAAGUAAGGGUGCAUUUUGAUGUUCAGGCUCAAGGUGGCUCCAGUUCUGACCCAUCACCAUCUCCAACGUGUCAGCGCCUUUGUCAGUACUGCGGCAAAGAGUCUGAUCCUGUACAGCUCGAUUUUCUCAGCCGACUUGAUGAAGCGCGGAAGGCGGCAGGGAUAAAGGAGCCAUUAUAUCUGUUCAAUCAGAGUGACGAUAUUUGGGCCCAGGAUUUUGUUGAACCAGCAUAUGCUAGCAUGCCUCUUCGCGGGAAAGGCGUUGGUGGUUUCCAGCCUGAGGGGGGACGCGGCGGCUAUGGCGCCCGAGAAAUCAACGCAUACGGCAACCUCGAAACGAUCCCACCUUACACGUCCAAGAGUGGAGUCAAAUAUCCUGCCGGCCGGAUUAUUCAUGGCAAGCCAAGAGCUUCAGAACCCUCUUUCCUUGAGUCUGGAUGGCUACUCAUCAGUCACGUUGAUGAGUUCGUCCAGUUUCUACCUUCCAACGAGACGGGCCUUGGCUUCACUAUUGGUAUCGCUGACACCACUUCCGCCCUCGACUUGCUCAGAAACACCUCAGCAGCGGCGCAUGGUGGUGUGCGGGCGAUUUCUUUCAAUGGGUCUGUUGAAGGCUCCUUUUCUAUCACGAAAGAGGAGCUGGCCAUGACAGUCGAUGAGCUUCUUGCAAACGAGACAUUUCACGAGGUCAACGCUUAUGCGCAGAGACAUAUUGAUGCUGAUCUGGGAAUCCUGCUCGCUGAGAUACCUAUUCUUCGGGAUCAUGUGAUUCGCAUCCCCUCGCUUUUCAAGGCUCCCAAAGUGUCUUCGCUCUCCUCGUUAACUGAAACGGUAAUGGAGGGCGAGUAUUUGUUAGUGAGCUUCAGCCCGGCGGCUAUCAACGGCGUCGUGUUGGGCAACUACUACGUGAGUCCCAAGACUUGGGGCCCCGUGGUUGAGGGACGAGACCUCUUGGAGUUUGCCAUCCGGGAGGUAUAUGCAAAGGCUGGCAUGGAGGUCGGGUUUGUGGACGAUUUCAUGUCGCAUCACCACACCUUUGGCGAGGUGCAUUGUGGAAGCAACACUUUCAGGGAGACGGACGUAGCGUGGUGGGAAUAG